CUGCGCCGAACUCGCCGGGGACGUCGGGCUCCGGCUCCCUGGCUGGCUCAUCGCUCUGACCGGCUCCCUGCGCCUCCUCCCGGGACUGCGCGGGGACCCGGGCCCGAUCGGGCGCGGGGCGAGCAGGGUCCCCGGGCGGGAGGCGCGCGCUCUGGGCAGCGCCCGGCCCCGGGCAUGGACAGAGAGAGCUGGGCGCGCAGGGGGCGCCGCGGGACCGGGCGGCCGGAGCGCUGAGCCAGACAAAGGCUCGGGAGUUGCAAUUGCUCUCGGGAGCCGGGCCCCGGGCGCCCAGGCUGCGGGACCCGGCGGCUGGCGGCUCUGGCCGGCCCUCUCCCCCGUGGGCCGGCUCCGCGUGCCCGGAUCUGCCCUGCCCGCUUCUCCGCGGGCGUGGGAAUUUGCCGAGGGGACCUCUGCGGCUUCGGCGGGGACCGGGACCGGGAGUCCGUCUGCCGCGCGCCCGCCGGGCGGGGAGCCAGGGAGCGUCGCAAGUUUCCGAGCCGCGUGAAGGGACACGGAGCGGGCGAGCCCCGCGUGCGGCGCUCCCGGCCGGGCUGGCCGCGCCGAGCAUGGGCAGCGAACGGAGCGCGCCCGGACGGCCGUCCUGGGCGGGCAGCCUCCCUGGCGGCCGGGAGGCGGCGGCGCGGCCGCGACUGCUGCCGCUGCUCCUGAUGGCUCUGGGCUGCCUGGGCCCCGGCGCAGCGGAGGACGCAGAAGUCAAUGCCGAGAACUGGCUGCGACUCUACGGCUACCUGCCUCAGCCCAGCCGCCACAUGUCCACCAUGCGCUCGGCCCAGAUCCUGGCCUCAGCCCUCUCCGAAAUGCAGCGCUUCUACGGGAUCCCUGUCACCGGCGUGCUUGACGAGGAGACCAAGACGUGGAUGAAGCGGCCCCGCUGUGGCGUGCCGGAUCAGUUCGGGGUGCAUGUGAAAGCCAAUCUGCGGCGGCGGAAGCGCUAUGCCCUCACUGGCAGGAAGUGGAACAACCCCCACCUGACCUUCAGCAUCCAGAACUACACGGAGAAGCUGGGCUGGUACCACUCGCUGGAGGCGGUGCGCAGGGCCUUCCGCGUGUGGGAGCAGGCCACGCCCCUGGUUUUCCAGGAGGUGCCCUACCAGGACAUCAGGCUGCGGAGACAGAAGGAGGCUGACAUCAUGGUCCUCUUUGCCUCUGGCUUCCAUGGCGACAGCUCACCCUUUGAUGGCACGGGCGGCUUUCUGGCCCACGCCUACUUCCCGGGCCCUGGCCUGGGCGGGGACACCCAUUUCGACGCAGAUGAGCCCUGGACCUUCUCCAGCACCGACAUGCAUGGGAACAGUCUCUUCCUGGUGGCAGUGCACGAGCUGGGCCACGCGCUGGGGCUGGAGCACUCCAGCAACCCCACCGCCAUCAUGGCGCCGUUCUACCAAUGGAUGGACAUUGACAACUUCCAGCUGCCCGAGGACGACCUCCGGGGCAUCCAGCAGCUCUACGGCUCCCCAGACGGACGGCCGCAACCCACCCGGCCCCUCCCCACGGUGACGCCCCGGCGGCCAGGCCGGCCAGACCAGCGGCCCCCCAGACCUCCCCAGCCUCCACCCCCAGACGGGAAGCCGGAGCGGCCCCCAAGGCCAGGCCCCCCAGUCCAGCCCCGAGCCACGGAGCGGCCUGACCAGUAUGGCCCCAACAUCUGCGACGGGGACUUUGACACGGUGGCCAUGCUGCGUGGGGAGAUGUUCGUGUUCAAGGGCCGCUGGUUCUGGCGGGUCCGGCACAACCGCGUCCUGGACAACUAUCCGAUGCCCAUUGGGCACUUCUGGCGAGGUCUGCCCAGCGACAUCAGCGCUGCCUACGAGCGCCAGGAUGGCCGUUUUGUCUUCUUCAAAGGUGAGCGCUACUGGCUCUUCCGAGAGGCGAACCUGGAGCCCGGCUACCCACAGCCGCUGACCAGCUACGGCCUGGGCAUCCCCUACGACCGCAUCGACACGGCCAUCUGGUGGGAGCCCACGGGGCACACCUUCUUCUUCCAGGAGGACAGGUACUGGCGCUUCAAUGAGGAGACGCAGCGGGGAGACCCCGGCUACCCCAAGCCCAUCAGUGUCUGGCAGGGGAUCCCCGUCUCCCCCAGAGGAGCCUUCCUGAGCAACGAUGCAGCCUACACCUACUUCUACAAGGGCACCCGAUACUGGAAGUUCGACAACGACCGCCUGCGGAUGGAGCCCGGCUACCCCAAGUCCAUCCUGCGGGACUUCAUGGGCUGCGAAGAGCCGGGACCCCGAUGGCCCGACGUCGCCCGCCCGCCCUUCAACCCCGACCCCGAGGCGGGCGCAGAGCCCGGGGCCGGCGGGGACGGCCAGGAGGGUGACGGGGGCCGCGAGGCCGGGGCCGGGCCGGAGGAGGACGGGGGCAGCCGCGUGGUGGUGCAGAUGGAGGAGGUGACGCGGACGGUGAACAUGGUGAUGGUGCUGGUGCCCCCGCUGCUGCUGCUGCUGUGCAUCCUGGGCCUCACGUACGCCCUGGUGCAGAUGCAGCGCAAGGGCGCGCCCCGCAUGCUCCUGUACUGCAAGCGCUCCCUGCAGGAGUGGGUCUGAGCCGCCUCCUGCUCCUCACGGUGCUAGGGCCAGGCUGGUUCUGAGACUGCCCCUGGGGCACCCGGCGAGAGCCUCCCGUGGCUCCCUCGGCCCCCGGGUGGGGCCCCCCAGGCAGGCCCUCCAACACCCCUGCCAGCCCUGCCCCCGUGGUUUAUUUAUGCCCAGGUUUUUUUGUUUGGUUUUUGCACACUAACUGAGCAUUGGUUUCUACUUUCCUGGCCUGGGCCAGUCCCUCAGGGCAGGGGGUAGAGCUUUCUAAAUGGAGGUUAGCUCCAGACCUGGAAUGAGGCCCCACCCACCUUUGGCAAGGCCACAGCCAGCAGAGGGGAGGGUCAGAAGGCGCAGGUGGGAGCCAGGCCCGCAGCCGGAGCCCCAGAACCUGACCGGGAGCUCCCCUGGCCUCCGCCCACCUACGUCUUUCUCUGCCUUAGGAACAGCGAAGUGGGUGUAGGCCGCCAGGGCCACCCCAAGCCAGGGGGACAGGAAGGGGAGGUGACCCUGGCUGUGAGUCCAUGUUGAGUCUGGUUCCUUCCCAACCAACCCCAGCAGCCCGAGCUCCUUGUGCCUAAGAACCCUACCCGCCCCUGGCCAGGGAGGGGCCGGCAGCCCCCAGCUCCCACGUACCCCUUGAGCCCACACCUCCUUAUCUGUCUAGAGACGGGGUUCUGGGCCCGCCUUACCAAGGACCAAAGGGCGUCUGCCAAGGCCCCUCCAGCCAGGAGCCUCGCUCCCUGGCUGGGCCUCCAGCCCCCAGUCCACCUUCUCUUCUCUGAGCUAUAGGACCCACCUGGGCCCCUCCCUGGGCCUAAUCCCAUCCUCUCUCCCCCACACCCCCAUCCUCAGGGGUCUCGGAACCCCACCAGCCUCAGGCUCCAGCUGCCAGUUGGCCAGCUCUCCUGGGAGAGAGGGGGCUGAUGGGUGCCCAGGCUGGGGCGCUGGAGUCAUAGAGCAUGCCCACCUGUGUGGGUGCCCACAGCCCAGCAUGCACCAGGCUUGGAGGGGGUUACUCCCCUGCAGCUCCCUGCCCCCCACCCCACCCCCACCCCCGGGCCCUGGUGGGAGAGGCCAGCGGGAGCCACUGGGGCCUGGAGGCUGCCAGGCUCAGCCCUGAGGGCGAGCUGCUCCCUUCUUUUCCUUCCCAAACCGAGCAGAGGCGGCGAGGCUGCUGUGGGAAAUGGUACUGUAUAGCCGGCUCUGCCCCCCAGAACCCCGAGGCCCCCAGGGAGGGACUUCUCAUGGGCUGGCCCCCAAAUGCGGGUCCAGCAGCUUCCGCCCCCUCCAUCCUGAGAACGGAGAGCCAGCCAAGCGGGGACGGGGGUCCGUGUCCACCCCAUAUGUGUCUUUCUGUAAAUAACCUGCACUGAUUAAACCGUAUGGCCGGCGA